AUGUUCCACUUUCUUGACAACAAAAUCAACACGUCUCCAGAUAUUUCAAGAUUGUCGAUUAUCGAUCUGAAACACCAUGUAUUUCUUGAUUAUUUGAUUUGUGGGUCGCCUAAUGUGCAGCGAAGGGGGUUUCGAGUUCAAGCUCCAUUGGUGGAUUCCGUAUCAUGCUAUUGCAAAGUCGAUGCGGGAUUAAAAACAGUCGCCGGGGCCCGCAAAUUCGUUCCCGGGUCAAAAAUUUGCAUCCAACCCGACAUCAACCCACACGCACACAAAACCAAAAACAGCCGAAAAGAGCGGACCCGCAUCCAACCGCCCCUCCUCCCGGGUCUCCCUGAUGACCUGGCAAUCGCGUGUCUAACGCGGGUCCCACGAGCCGAACACAACAAACUCCGGUUAGUUUCCAAAAGAUUUUUCCGACUCUUAUCAAGCAACUACUUUUACUCCCUUAGAAAAACCCUAGGAAUGGCUGAAGAAUGGGUUUAUGUCUUCAAACGAGAUCGUGAUGGAAGAAUCUCAUGGCAUGCAUUCGACCCCACUUACCAAAUUUGGCAACCACUUCCACCUGUCCCGGUUGAUUACGAAAAUGCCCUUGGGUUUGGAUGUGCGGUUUUGAGCGGUUGUCAUCUUUAUUUAUUUGGCGGGAAAGAUCCUUUAAAGGGUUCGAUGAGACGUGUGGUUUUUUAUAAUGCGAAAACAAAUCGAUGGCAUAAAGCUCCCGAUAUGCAAAGAAAGCGACAUUUUUUUGGAUCUUGUGUUAUAAACAAUUGUCUUUAUGUUGCGGGAGGUGAAUGUGAUGGGGUUCAUAGGACUCUUCGAUCUGUUGAAGUUUAUGAUCCAAAUAAACGUCGAUGGAGUUUUAUUACAGAUAUGAGUACACCAAUGGUGCCUUUUAUUGGAGUCGUUUAUAAUGGAAAAUGGUUCUUGAAAGGACUUGGGGCUCAUAGAGAGGUUUUGAGUGAAGCGUAUACACCAGAAUCAAACACAUGGGUGUCAAUUACUGAUGGAAUGAUUGCAGGGUGGAGGAAUCCGAGUAUUUCCAUGAACGGAAAGCUUUUUGCUUUGGAUUGUCGUGAUGGGUGUAAAAUUAGGGUUUAUGAAGAGGACACGAAUUCUUGGAAGAAGUUUAUUGAUAGUAAAGUUCAUCUUGGAAGCUCGCCUGCUAUGGAGGCAGCUGCUCUUGUGAAUCUUAAUGGGAAGUUGUGUAUUAUUCGGAAUAAUAUGAGUAUUAGUCUUGUUGAUGUUUCGAGUAAAGAUAAAAAAGUGGAAAGUAAUCCGAAUCUUUGGGAGAAUAUUGCGGGAAAAGGGCAUAUAAAGACUUUGUUUACAAAUUUAUGGUCGAGUAUAUCAGGGAGGAAUGGGCAAAAGAGUCAUAUUGUGCAUUGUCAGGUGCUUCAGGACAUGGAUUUGGUUGCAGAUUGGAGACACCUGUAUCUUUGA